GCACCAAUGAUGUAACUUUCAUUUCCUGCUCAGUAAGGGUCACUCACAUGAGUGUAGAGUUUUGGUAGCUAGAGUCCAGUUUGCGGAGCUGAAUCUACUCAGUACAGUCACUCAACUGUAUUUAAAUGAUGCUGCGGACACUGUGUCGGGCCGGCGGGGCGCUUCUGCAGCAAACCCAGCGAACGGCGCCGAGGUUAUGGGUGACACCAGCGCAGCAGCGAUGGGCGUCCAACCUGCCCAUGAACACUGUGGUCCUGUUUGUGCCCCAACAGGAAGCCUGGGUGGUCGAGAGGAUGGGUCGCUUCCACCGGAUCUUAGAGCCGGGUUUAAACUUCCUAAUACCUUUACUUGACCGAAUUCGCUAUGUGCAAAGUCUGAAAGAGAUUGUCAUUGAUGUCCCAGAGCAGUCUGCAGUAUCUUUAGAUAAUGUAACACUACAGAUCGAUGGAGUGCUUUAUUUAAGGAUCCUAGAUCCUUUUAAGGCCAGUUAUGGUGUGGAGGAUCCAGAAUAUGCUGUCACACAGCUGGCACAGACCACCAUGCGUUCAGAACUGGGCAAACUCACACUGGACAAAGUGUUCAGGGAAAGGGAGUCCCUCAACUCCAACAUCGUCCACGCCAUCAACCAAGCCUCAGACGAGUGGGGAAUCCGUUGCCUCCGUUAUGAAAUUAAAGAUAUACAUGUUCCACCUCGUGUCAAAGAAUCCAUGCAGAUGCAGGUGGAGGCUGAGCGUAAGAAGAGAGCCACAGUGCUUGAAUCUGAAGGGACGAGGGAAUCAGCCAUCAACGUCGCAGAGGGUCGUAAACAAGCUCAGAUCCUGGCCUCAGAGGGUGAAAAAGCAGAGCGGAUCAAUAAAGCGGCUGGUGAGGCCCAAGCAGUCCUAGCCAAAGCUGAGGCAAAAUCCAAGGCCAUCCGUAUGCUGUCAGAAGCUCUGACUGAACAGAAUGGAAAUGCGGCAGCCUCGCUAAGUGUGGCCGAGCAGUACGUGUCUGCUUUCUCCAAACUCGCCAAAGAGUCCAACACCAUCCUUCUGCCAUCUAAUAGUGGUGACGUUAGCAGCAUGGUCACACAGGCUAUGACCAUUUACAGUACGCUGGCGAAGACAGCCCCAAAAGUAGCAGCAGCGGCGGAGGAGAAGAGUGAAGAGCCUGAGAAUCAUUCAGCAUCAUCUCAAUAACGGGGGGGGGGGGAUCCGUGAAUGAACUCAAAAGCAGUAAAUGACACAGAACCAGGAGAAGCAGUUUAUGUUUCAUACAGUAGUUACGGGUCUCCAAGGCAUCGCUGUGUGACCGAAGCUCACAUACACAUCCGCUAGCAGGACAGACGGAAAAACUGCCAACUUAUAAACUCUUGGGAUUUCUUGCCUUGGGAGUCCUGGGAAAAUCACAUCUUUUGUAAGAGGAUUUAUAAUCUUCACUGACUAUUGUUUAUGUUGGUCAGUUAUUUUCAGGUUGGGAAAUUUAACACCAGCCUCCAGCCAAAUAUACUCAUAGCAGUGACUUUGGUAGGCUGACAGAAUGGAGACAUUUAUAUUAAAUAAGCCCUGGAUGUUGUGCAGUAUAUGAUUUCUUGGCAUAAUUCCCACAUAAACCCUCAUGGAAUUGGAUGUAAAGGUUUUGAAAAUGUAUAAGUUUAAGUGAAACAUAAGAUUGUGUACAAUGUUUUCUCCUUUUUUUGCAACCUGUUUUGGUACUGUUUUUGGUUCAGUUAGCUCAGGUUUACCAUCUGCUUUGAAACGGCUUGUUUACAGAAAUCAGAAGCAAUUGUUCAACUGUCUUCAGCAUCGUUGGGACCAGCAACUUUAAGUUGCUACAUGUGAUGUCUGGCUGGAGGGCUCAGCAUGGUCAAAAGUUUCCCAAAGUGUAGUAAAUUGACAGUUUGGCUCAUGUUAUAUUAAAACUUUAUUGUAUCUCCCUUGAAAAGCAAAACCAAUCAUUGCUUGAGAAAUAGUCUUGAGAAUUCAGAAAUAUUUCCCUCUUGAUAGUAUACAAAGUCAGUGUGCCUGUCCUCUUCAUGUAUGUAUUCGCCUCUUAUGUCUUAUGGGAUAUAUUUAUUAGAUAUCAAGGAUUUCUGUAAAGAAAGACCACUGAUGCUUACAGGUUUAUGGAAAAUAGUGCAAAAUGAAACCAGCACAUCUUAGUGUUUAUCAUUUGAGACCCUCACAAGAGACUUUAGAAGGUAUAUGUGGGGGGGGAAUGGGAUGUUGUGAAACACUUGUUUAAAAAUAUACAAUUAUGUUAAAAGAAAAUGGUGCAAAAGAGAAACUAGUGGAUUUCUUCAUAUGUAAUGAUAUGAAAUAUGUUGAUUAAGAAAAAUUCACAGUAUGAUUUUGGAAAAUGAAUGUUAAAGUUCACCUCCAUGUUUUAGUUUUCUGUUGCGGUUCUGCAAUGUUAAAUUAGCAUAAAAUAAAGAACAUUGUUGAAUUGUUUAA